AUGGCUGACGACGAUGACUAUCAAGAUAUGGAUAACGACGAUUACGUCGAUGAUGAUGUUGAGGAUGUGGAUUUGGAUCAGGGAGAAGAUGAACAAGACGACCACAGAAUUGACAUUAUAAAUGCAGAAAAAGGAACAGCUUCCACGGACCGUGUGACAACGCCGUUUAUGACGAAGUAUGAACGUGCUCGAGUUCUGGGAACACGUGCUCUUCAGAUUGCUAUGGGUGCUCCGGUGAUGGUGGAGUUGGAAGGAGAAACGGAUCCGCUGGAAAUAGCUCGUAAGGAGCUAAAGCAUCGGCGUAUCCCAAUCAUUGUUCGACGUUACCUACCAGAUGGCUCAUUCGAGGAUUGGUCUGUUGAUCAGCUCCAUGUGACCGACUGGUGA